AUGAAGAUUCUCUAUAUGGGCGUUCUGCGGAACGAUACUCAGCCUGCUCUCCAGCUAUGUGGUGAGAAGGACCUUACGAGCUUUUCGCGAUUUACUCGUGGCAACUAUGAGGAGUUCAUGAUGCUCUUCUGCAAGACAGUCGCCGAGCGCACAAGCCCCGGCCAACGCCAGGAUAUUGAGGAGAAGUCAUACACGUUCCAUGCCUACGGCCGCACCGAGGGUGUUGCUGGUGUCAUUGUAACCGAUGGAGAGUAUCCGGCGCUGGUGGCGCACCAGCUCCUGUCUAAAAUUGUCGACGAGUUCCUCGCCAAGCACCCUCGCACAGCCUUCUCCGAUCCGACUCUGGCUGAAAACGCCUGCCCACUGCCCCAGCUCCAGGAGUAUAUUGUCAAGUAUCAGGACCCCAGCCAGGCCGAUAGUAUCAUGAAGAUCCAACAAGAGUUGGAUGAGACUAAAAUUGUUCUUCACAAGACGAUUGAAAGUGUGUUGGAGCGUGGUGAGAAGAUUGACUCCCUGGUGGCCAAGAGUGAUGGGCUCUCGGCCCAGAGCAAAAUGUUCUAUACCCAGGCCAAGAAGCAGAACUCCUGCUGUAUUGUGAUGUGA